GGACCACAUCCGUCUUGUUCACUUCAACCAGUGCAUCUUCAUUGAACGAUGGCACCAAAGCACCGUGCACCUCUUUCACGCGCACACUCUAGGACAGGGUCGUCUACAAAGCUUGCGGCAGGCAAUCUUCAGUUCACGACCCAGAAGAAGGUCCAACCCCGUGCGCCUCCGAAACAAGUUCACCAGCCGCAAACGAAUGGUCAUGCUCAACAGACUUCUCAAUUAAAGAACAAGACUCGGGGUUCCAAUUUCCGCAUCUCCAGCCCCAGUGUCGAUGAUGAUGCCUCUGGAGAAGAUUGGGUCUCCAGUGAAAGCGGGGCUGCAACACCAAACAGGUACGACGAUGAAGACAGUGAAAGUGAAGAAGAAGUCCAUACACGAUGGAGAGGGCAGACGUCACACCAAGUACCUACCCCAAAGAUGGGCAAACCUCAGGAGUUGCCGCGAGUGGCCACGGCACGUGCUGGGGAUUUCGACGCUGCAGGACCGACUCUUGCCAAGCCAGCAACGACUGCCGCGGUCGAAGAUAAGGCGUUGAGCUCUCCCCCUACUCCGGACAGUGCAAGAACGCCCACGACAGCGCCUCCGUCUCCUUCAUCACGGCGAUAUUCGCAACCAUCAGUUUCUAAGCCGCACUCCAGACCACUUUCAACGCACUCUAUGUACAAAACCGAAUUGCGGCCGCAUCCUCUUAUCCGUGGGCAGUCAUUUGGUCAACCUGGAAAUGCCGCCAAACCGUCGCCAUUGCAGCCUAUCGCUGUGACACUGGAUGUCAACGACAUCCAUGUAACCGCUUCCCCCACAGUGAGCGAGGGGAUGCCUCCUUCCUUCUCGCCACCAGCGUCGCCUCAUCUAGAGAAGGGACGUCGUUCCUCAAUCUCCUCCACACGUUCGGCGAUGACCGUGAAUUCGCACGGUGUAGGACACCGGGCACAGGACAACCCGUCGCGUAAUCGAACCUUUUCGACGCUGUCCUCGGCUUCGCUCUCAUCGCUCCCGUUCGGACAUUUUCAUCAGCCGUCUGCCACUUUCUCGCUCACCCAUCUCCCAACGCAUUCACGGCCUCCUCCCCAUGUAGUCAUGUUCCCUUCGUCGGAUCCAAAAAUGCCUUUGGAGAAGAUCCAUCCCUUGUUGCCACCACCCUAUGUCGCCAAUCAUCUGGCAAUCUGUUCUCAGCGUGUGCCAGUUGCAGACGCUUUUGCUCGAACGGUAAAAGCGAGAUUAGAAUUGGUAGCCUCUAAAUAGGCGCAUGUAGUCAUUUGCGCGUGUAUAUUACUCGUAACAGUAUUGAAAGGACUUUUUCACUCAUGGAAGCGCAUCAGACUUGAUCAAGCCCGGAUCAAACCCAUCCCUCCUCUCCCUCUCUUCACUGCGCCGACGUUCUCCAUCCUUCGUUCAAAAUGGAGCGUGUUCAUUUUCAGCAAGAGCAGAUGAUCCCCGAGUUGAAAGACUUGGUGGAGAAAGGUCUUUUUACAAAAGAAGAGACGAGGUCGAUUCUGAAAAAACGGACACAAUUCGAGAGUGCUUUGGUCCGUCGCGUGGCCAAGAAGUCGGAUUUUCUGCGGUACUUGGAGUAUGAGAUGGGACUAGAGGCGUUGAGGAGGCGGAGGUUGCAAAGGCUCAAAGUGCAACCAAAAUCGAGUAUCUCCGACUACGCGCUGGUCCGGCGUCAGUUUCAUGUCUUCGAGCGCGCGCUGAAGCGAUUCAAAUCUGACAUUGGCCUUUGGGUGCAAUACAUUCAGCUUGCGCAGCGAGAAGGCGCUCAUACCCUUGCCUCGCGUGUCACGGCGCGAGCAAUUCAACUACAUCCGACAGUCGGCUCACUAUAUGUGCUCGCGGCAGAAUUAGAGAUGGAAAGAGGAUCACCCAGUGCAGCACGCAGUAUGCUGCAACGAGGCACGCGAGUGUGCCGCGGAAAAGACGGGGUUGAGGUAUGGAUCGGAUGGGUGCGCAUGGAGAUGCGUUUUGUCGAGGCGUUGAGGCGGCGAUGGAACGUGCUUGGUCUAGAGGACGGGGGACAGGGGACUGCUGCGGAGAUGCCAAUGGAAGAGAGGGAGCACGUGGGUCCCGAAACGGAGCAUGCGGCAGAAGCAGUCGGUGCAGAAUUGGCCCAUGAUUCUUCUAGACAGGCGCGCGCGGCUAUCCUGAACGGGGAGAUCGUGCGCGGUGUCAUUGACAGUGCCGUAGAAGCUGUGACCACGACGGAGAUGUUUGAGAUGUUGAUCGAAGCGACGCGUGAGACGAACGAUGCCAGCAGCCCGAUUGCCGGCCGAUUGUUGGAGCAGGUGUACGAGCUGCUGCGGACCAAAAGACCAUGCGAUCCAACGACGCUCCGCUUGCUUGGCGACCGGUUUUUGCAAAUCCUUGAUACGCUGGAGGGUGAGGAUCUCGUCGACCAGCUGCAGAAGACGAACGAGUCUUUGCUGGAGUUGUGUGGGCAAUCAUCCUUCCCAAAGCGCUCAGAAGCUCCCACAGAAAAAUUGCUGGACCAGUAUGGGCACUUCGCAGACACCGUUUGGGCCCGUCUGAUUGAUGAUUCACUAAAAAUGUACAUGAGCGCCAGUGUGCUCAGACUGCUCAAGCAGCACCCAGAGUCACCUAGUUUAGCGAGUACAUACGCCAAGAUGCAGUAAUUAAAAAAAUGUAUCUAUCUUCAGCCAGC